AUGGCACCGACACAUGUGCUGGUCACCGGUGGCUCAGGCUUUCUGGGGCGAGCCAUCGUGAAAGCCCUCCUGGACCGUCACGCAGACUGGACCAUUACCGUUCUGGAUCUUCAUGUCCCACCGAAAGAUGUACUGGAUCGGGUCUCCAGCUUCAUACAGGCCGAUAUCACUUCACCCUCCAGCGUGAAUGAUGCUUUCUUGCACAUUCGGCCAGACCUGGUCAUGCACUGUGCUGGCAUUGUUCCAGCAAGACGACAUCGAUACAGCACCAAUCAGAAGCAGUGGCAUAAGGUCAAGACGAUUAACUAUGAAGGCACCAAGAACGUUUUGAAUGCAACCUUGGCCAGUGGCUGUCGCAAGUUUGUCUAUACCAGCAGUUGCACUGUGGUAAUCGACGACUUGGCUCACGAUUACUUCAACAUGAAUGAGAAGACGCCUCUUGGUUACGCCACACUACAUUACGGCAAGUCAAAAGGCAUGGCAGAGCAGUACGUUUUGUCGUCAGAGCAUGCCGAGAAGGGACUCGAAGCUUGCGCUCUACGGCCUUGCACUAUUAUAGGGCCAGGCGAUAUCGCCGUCAUCAGCUUGAUUCAUGACCUGAUUGCCAAAGGCGAGACCUAUUUCAUAAUUGGAGAUGGAGAUAACCUUUACGAUUUUAUGUACAUUGACAAUGCGGUCGAUGCUCAUAUCUUGGCUAUAGAGAACAUGUUGACUACCGCCACUGCCGCCGGACAGGCAUUCUUUAUCUCGAAUCAGGAGCCGGUAUACUUCUGGGACUUCUUUGCCUACAUUUGGGCUCAAUUCGGACAUGUCCCUCGAUUCAGGGUCAGAAUCCCCAUGGCAGUGGCUUGGGUUGCCGGGGUGGCUGCCGAAGUGAUUACUUACUUCACCGGAGCAGCUCCGACUGUCGAUCGAGGGAGCGUGUGGGAUGCUGUGCGGACUCACUACUCCGAUAACAGCAGAGCGAGGGAGAUACUGGGCUAUGAACCGAAGAUAGGGCUUGCUGAAGGUGUCAGAAGGAGCUGUGAGGUAGGUAUAGUGAGGUGA